ACCAACAGUUAACAGAGGCUUCGGUCCAGUGUCUUUUAAGUACUAGUAACAGAUGCCUCAGAAAACUCCUCUCAAUUACCUGUUUUUAUUUUUAUCUUUGUUUACAAACGAGGUUGGUGUGAUGUAUGUGGAAAGGAUAUAGAGGAUUUUAUUUGCAUUUUUGAUGGCGGUUGCAUACUUUCCUUGUAUUCAAUCUGCAAGGGUUACUCCUAGGGGUAGUUGCUUUUUUUCGGUUGGUAAUUAUAGCAGAAGCUAUAAGAGAAGAUGCUGUCUGGUUCUUGCUUCUGCAAAGAAAUUACAGGACAAUUUUGGACUUGAAUCCAAGGUUGAGACAUUGUUAGACAGCAUAAAAUGGGAUGAGAAAGGUCUGGCAGUGGCUAUAGCUCAAAAUGUUGACACUGGAGCCAUAUUAAUGCAAGGCUUUGUGAACAGGGAAGCACUAGCUAAAACAAUUUCCUCUCGGAAAGCAACAUUCUAUAGUCGGUCACGGUCAACUUUGUGGACAAAGGGAGAGACCUCAAACAAUUUCAUCAAUGUUCAUGACAUUUUUGUUGAUUGUGAUCAUGAUUCUAUAAUUUAUCUUGGGAAACCUGAUGGACCUACCUGCCACACCGGCUCAGAAACUUGCUACUAUACAUCAGUUACUGAUCUCUUAGAUGAUCAACAGGCUGAAGAAAAUAAGUUGGCAUUGACUACUUUGUACUCGCUGGAGUCUACAAUUUCCCAGCGCAAAGCAGAGUUAGCAGCUCCACAAAAUGGAAAACCCUCAUGGACCAAACGAUUAUUACUUGAUAAGAACUUGUUAUGCUCCAAGAUCCGGGAAGAGGCAGAUGAAUUAUGUCGAACACUGGAGGAGAAUGAGAACAAGUCACGCACUGCCUCAGAGAUGGGAGAUGUACUCUAUCAUGCCUUGGUUCUGCUAGCACUUAAAGAUGUGAAAACAGAAGAUGUUUUAGAAGUUCUCCGGCAAAGAUUUUCUCAAUCGGGUAUUGAGGAAAAGAAAAUUCGCAAAUCACACAGUUAGACAACUAAGUUUUUAGUACUGUCCGCAAUCCCAGUGAAUUGGCCCGACGAUGGCUAUAUGUCAUCUUGUUUGUCAAAUCGAAAAGUCAAAUAUGUUUUUACUUUUUUUAGACUGAAUCAUAUUGAUCAAAGUAUACACUACUAUUAUGAGAAUAUAUUCAAUUUGUUGUA